AUCUUACAAUUUGCCCCAGAACCCACAAACCACUUCCUUUUCUACCCAUGUGUUCUUCCCCAUCUUCACAGUAGACAGAAGGCUGAUGCCUCUGUGUCAGGCAGGCAUGAAGGUGGUUGCUGUAACUUUCUGUGUCCUCUGCUUUCAGUUUGAAGCCCUGUACGGAGUUGACAGCUGCAUAUCACGAGCAUGCAAAAAUAUAGAUCAGGUCAAUAUCUCUGAUGCCCAGGUGAUGGUGGAAUUUGAAAAUGGAAACUUCAAUUUCACAUUUCCAAACCCCAAAAAUGUGAGUGAGUUCAGCAUAACCCUCUUCAAAGGGCGUGAAAAGAAGAACAUCUGUGCACUCCAUUUGGGCGAAGAGAAAGUUAUCCUCAAGAGUAAUGUCAGCUACUGUCAGACACAAAAUUCAAGGAACAGCACCACUUUCAUUCUUAAAAAUCUAGAAAGAAAACAUACUGAUGUUUAUACCUACUACCUGGAGAUACUCUUACCUCCUCCUUACAUAGAUUGCUGUCUGAAAGAAACUUAUUUGUACAUCCCAGACAAGGAGGACUGCUUUUCACUUGGACUCGUGCUAUGGAUAAUUAUCGGCCUGAUAAUUUUUGCCAUUUCCUGUGUCUGCUGUGCUGUGGCAUGUUGCUUAAGGAACAAGAAUCAGAAGUGUGAAUCGAACUCCCACGAGUACAACAGUGAAUACAUGCCCAUGGCAGCAGUGAACGCAGCUAAAAAACCAAGAAUCUGAGGUAUAAGUUGCUUGUGGCAUGGAAAUUUUGGGAGCUGAGUUUUCCAGCUACUUGGACAAUGGGAAAUCAGCAUUUCCCCACCUUUCCCAGCCUCCCUGGGCUCUCAUACUCGCCCUGUACUCAGCCAUGUGACACCCACUGUAGUACUGUUCUGAGCUGUUUUGCUCUACCCUUGUUUAUGAACUGACACCCUGCCUGACCCACUGACUCAGACAAGAAAGAAUAACAACGUGGUAAAAAUGUCAGCUUUUAGUAGAAGAAAAUGUAAGAUUCCUGUAGUGCUGCUACAGAGAGAACUUUUAUUUUCUAGUCUCCUUUAUGAUAAACUUUCCACUGGGUACAAAAAAAAGACUACCUCCAAAGCCAAUCCUUUUGGUACAGCCAUAGUGCCAUGUAUUGCACAUGCCCUUUUCUUAGGGUUAUUUUAGCAGGGGAACAAAACCUGAGAGUACAGCAGAGACAUCCCCGUGACACACUGCUCAGUUAUGUGCACCUGCAUUUUUUGUAUUUGUGCUAUCAAUACGUACUUGGCAUUCAUACCUUGGGGCUCCUCUUAUUUAACUAAAUCCUGAAUGCUUUUACUAACAGAGGAAUAUAUUACAAGAUGGAUAUAUUAGAACUGCAACUGCUCCUUAAGUCUGUUCAAACCUACAAGAUCUGUCCCUAAACUAGGAGGCAUGAUCUCUCCUGUUCAUGAUUUGCAGCACAAACACAACACUGUCCCUGUGGCCAGUAUAUUCAUGGACUCUGCAUUGCAAUUAUCUUCCUCUUGUGAUUUGACAUGAAACCUUUACAACUUCCCCAGAGGGUUCAGGGAUUACUUGACCUGCCUCAAAUUGCUCAGUGCCUUCAGUAUGAAUGAAAUGAUCAAUACUUCAUGCUUCAUGUGAAAUCCAGGAAAACUGGCCAUAAAUGACCAGCUGUGAAUCCAGCCUGCAUAUCUUGCCAGACACCUUUGGGCUGCUGGAACCAGAGUGGUAUAUUGGUUCUGAACCUCACUGUAAUACAUUAGGAAACCCCAAAUAUUGGUCAGAGGGUACUAUUGAGAGAGAUACAUGGCCUCCUUGUCUGGCAAAUGGAAGUCUGGUUACAAAUUUGGUAAGGCACAUGGGGAUGAGGAGGAAAUAAGCUGGUACAUCAAGAACAGUGCUUUCCUCAACAAACACCUGGAUACACAGAAGUACUGUGGAGAGAAGGUGCAAACUGCUAACUGUGACAUUAAGCAAAUGAAAAUGAGUAAAGCAUCAAAUGAGAUGGGGACUGCCAAUUGCACAGCCCUGUUCAGCCAACCAGCUCCUAGGCAGAGGUGGAGAGGGGAGCCCUGCAGUGUUGGGUCACAUCACAUUUUCUCCCAGCAUUCUUUGACAAAUUACUUGACCUCCCCAGCAAACUAAGCUCGCCUCUGUACAUCCAUAAAUACACUGUUUCCAUGAUUAAAAAAAAAAAAAAAAUUGAUGAAAUUACUGUGUUUGAAAAUUAUUGGUAAAAAUAGCUAACAUCUACUACCUAUGAGAAGAACUGGAUGCAAGAUCCUAUGUAAGAGUGAAGAGUCCUAUCCCCUGGAACAUCUCACCAGACUGAGAAGGAAAUUCAAGAAAUAAAGAGUUUCUGAAAGAAGGAAAAGCUUGAGGUUUGCCUUGGGAUGCUGCUGGAUAAAUGACAAAUAUGUAAGUCUGUACAAAGCAGUUCAAAAUGCAUACAUGUUGCACUGGCUAGAUAAAUGAUUUAUAUUCAUUAUAACAAAGCUUGUGGAAGUCUCAGGUUCCAUUACUCAUUUCUUUUUUGAAAAAUAUAUUUUUAUUCUUAAUAAAACAUUUUUAAAUUAUGCCA